AUGAAGCGUGUAAAUCAGCAAGGGUCUCAAGGAAAUGUCAAACCCAAACCAGUAAAGAAAACCGUUUCAUUUAACCAAGAUGUCACUGGGGAAACUGUGACUGAUGAUAGCGCAAAGCCUACAUCGACAAAGCAAGUGUCGGUGGUUCCACAACUUACAAGCAGUCUCAUCGCGAUACCUAUUCACAACAUCCUCAUUCUCUGGGGGUUAUUUCACUAUGGAAUAACAAAGAAUGUUGAUGGGAUCAUGCUUAGAGGGUUCCUUACAAGUUUACCAAUUCAGGCUGCUUACAAUUUUAUACUAGCAAAAAAUACAGUGAGGAAAUCUAAACACACCAACGUUCCACUAUUAGUUGUGUCCAGUGUGCUCGUGAGUAUAGUUUUAGCCGUACCAUUAUUCACAGCUAUAAUACUAUUGGGAGCACCUGUUUUCAUGUUCUCGUUCAAAACAGCAUGCUUGGCAUUGCAUUUGUCACAAUUAGUGUUUAGCCCAUUGAUUGUGCUAUACUCCUUGGAUUUCCAACAUUUUAAGCUUUUGUUCAACCAAGACCAUAUAUAUUAUACAAUAUUUGGACACCCGGUACUUUCGCAAGUUUUGUUGACAUUAGGUGGUUGUUGGUUGGGGGUCAUCCCAAUACCGUUGGACUGGGAUCGGCCAUGGCAACAAUGGCCUAUCACAUUGUUGGUAGGUGCGUACCUUGGAGGAAUAGUUGGCAGCGUUAUCUCACUAGUAGUUAGCACGUGGGUUAGAAAGUAG